AAUGAGUUGGAGGUGGUACACGCUGGUGAAAACUGGUAUGGUGUUGGUGCUCUCUUGUGCUGCUUGUUUCUGGUACCUGGUAAUGGGUAAAAUGACACGUUGACAGGGUCUCAGAAUAUUAUUCUCCUCUCUAUAAGGCCUAGGUUCCUGUCAUCGGCACCGUUUUUUAUACACGGUUUUACUGUCUUGAUUGAAUUGUAGACAUUAUGAACCAGUUGUCGUUUAGAACAGUAUUUAGGGUAUGGCACCGUGCUAAAUCUUUCUACCGGGCCACACCUGUCAGUUGUUAUAGCACUGGCAGUGGUAUUGAAAGUGAGGUACCCUACAAGACGUUGAAAUCUGAAAAUACAACUGCACCGAAUUCAGUCCCAGAAGAAGCAGAUGUGGUGAUCAUAGGGGGCGGAGCUGCAGGAUGCAGUACCUUAUACCACUUAACAAAACUAGGAGUAAAGAAUGUGGUUUUGCUGGAGAAGGAUCAAUUAACGGCGGGAACCACAUGGCAUACUGCAGGACUACUUUGGCGGUUGCGGCCUAACGACACAGACACAAUCCUUCAAAAUUUCACCAGGUCCCUGAUGAGGUCACUUGAAAAAGAGACGGGAAUAAAUCCAGGAUGGAUAGAAAAUGGUGGAAUCUUCAUCGCAUCUAACAAGGAACGACUAGAUGAGUACAAACGAAUGAUGACUUUGGGAAAGGCAUUGGGUGUUGAGUCUCAUGUGCUUAGUCCAGAGGAAACGAAGGAUUUGUAUCCACUGAUGAAUGUAGAUGAUAUGUAUGGUGCCCUCUACAGUCCUGGUGAUGGUACCAUGGAUCCAGCAGGUUAUUGUACAGCACUAACAAGAGCGGCUACAAAAGCUGGUGGCACGGUGAUAACAAAUUGUGAGGUGAAAGGUAUACAAGUAAAAGAAGAUGACAUGGGUGUUCGUCGUGUGGAAGCUGUGGAGACAUCUGUUGGGACAAUUCGUACUAAAAAUGUGGUCAACGCUUGUGGUGCCUGGGGUCCAUACAUUGGGGCCAUGGCAGGAGUUAACGUGCCUCUGCUUGCGAUGCGACAUGCUUACAUUGUAUCGGAGCGUAUCGAGGGAAUUCAAAAUAUGCCGAAUGUACGAGACCAUGAUGCUUCCCUGUAUCUAAAACUUCAAGGAGACGGGCUCUGUAUCGGAGGUUAUGAACCAAAUCCAAUUUUCUUGGAAGAGGUCGAGAAAGACUUUUCUUUCUCAUUAUUUGAACUUGAUUGGGAUGUUUUCAGUGUGCACACUGAGGGCGCCAUCAACCGGGUCCCAGUCAUCGAGCAGACCGGUGUUAAAUCAACAGUGUGUGGUCCAGAAUCCUUUACUGCUGAUCACAAGCCACUUGUAGGGGAAAGUCCCGAGGUUAGAGGCUUUUACUUGAACUGUGGUUUUAACAGUUCUGGUAUGAUGUUGAGUGGUGGUGUAGGGUGGCAGCUAGCUGACUGGAUUGUCAAUGGUAGGCCUACUAUUGACAUGUACUCAUAUGAUAUAAGGUAAGGUAAUAUCAUACACAUUAAUGCAUAUGCACUGGGAGAGGAUAUGAUUUUACUUCCAUGUAAAAGGAGUAAUUUCUAUUUACAUUAUUGUUUAACUGUUUAUUAUUGUCAUAGAAUACCACAGUUGUGUCGUCAUGAUGCCAGGUGGCGCUUUCUUAAUAAUUACUACUCUGUAACGUACCAAGAGCGUCAUGGCUGGGAAAGACCUGGCUGGUUUUCUGUGGGAUCUCCAGCACCGCUGAAGCCAUAUGAUUACUAUGGAUAUUAUGAACAUGAAGCCAACAAGGACUAUGCCUAUAAAAAUAUCCUAAGUGAUGAGUACACAUAUGACUUUCCAACACACCAUAAUGAGAUUGGAAAAGAGUGUAUGAGUUGUCGAAAAGAUGUUGCUGUCUUCAACAUGUCCUACUUUGGGAAAUUCUAUCUCACUGGACCUGAUGCCCAAGCUGCUGCGGACUGGAUCUUCUCAAAUGAUAUGGCAAAACCUGAAGGUGCAACUGUCUAUACAUGUAUGUUGAAUAAACAAGGGGGCGUUGAGGGUGAUCUGACAGUCAGCAUGAUUGAACCAGGCAACGGAAGCCCGGUUACACCACAAUUUGAAGGGCGUGGAUUUUAUGUGGCUGUUGGAGGCGGAGCUGCUGAGCAAGGCAAACAACAUAUUCUCACAACAAUCCAUAACAAGGGAUUUAAUUGUAAACUCAUUGACCACAGUGAAGAUAUGUGUAUGAUAAGUGUUCAGGGUCCCAAGAGCCGUGCAGUACUCCAGGCGAUAACUGAUACAGACCUGAGCAAUGAAAACUUCCCAUUCUCCACUCAGCAAAUUAUUAAAGUUGGCAAGCACACAGUGCGGGCCAUGCGGUUGUCAUUUGUGGGAGAGCUAGGCUGGGAAUUGCACAUGAAUAAUGCAGCAGCUGUGGAAGUGUACAACGCUGUGAUGGCAGCAGGUGCUAAACAUGGCAUCGUGAAUGCAGGCUAUAGGGCAAUUGAUUCACUCAGUAUUGAGAAAGGCUACAGGCAUUGGCAUGCGGAUAUCAGACCAGAUGACACACCACUAGAGGGUGGUCUUGCCUUCACUUGUAAACUGAAGUCACCUGUGCAGUUCUUAGGUAGAGAAGCUCUUGAGACACAGAAAGAGGAAGGACUAAAGAGAAGGCUAGCCUGCUUUACAAUUGAUGAUCAUGAAGCUUUGCUCGGAUAUGAGGCAAUAUGGAGGAACAACCAGAUUGUUGGAUUUAUCCGACGCGCAGAUUAUGGUUUUGCAAUCGAGAAGAGUCUAGCAUACGGAUAUGUUUCACAUCCUGAUGGAAAAACUGUCACUGCUAAAUUCCUGAAGGAUGGGGAAUAUGCUAUUGAGAAAAUGGGAAUUAAAUAUCCAGCUAAAAUUCAUAUGAAAUCUCCCUUUGAUCCAGGAAAUAACAGAGUCAAAGGAAUUUACUAAAGUAUGAAAUUUAAGAUUUGAAUGGAUGUGGAAAUGAAUUAACUUUAAAAUAUUUUAAUUAAAUGAUUUCAGAUCAUCAUCAUCAUCAUCAUCAUCAGUUUAUAGUCUAUAAAUGGUUUCAGAUAAUAGAUAAUAAUAAUAAUGAAA